UUGUUUAAUAUAGAUGUUCGCGUAUCUACUUCCGGUAAUAACAUUGUUGAUUAUUGAAGUGAAGUAGACGGGAUUUUUUCAUAAAUUAUUUUGAAUAUGAUUGGUUUCUCCCGAGCAGUUUAUGAUGUUAUAUGUUUGUUAUGUAUAGCGCUCUCCCUGUCACCGGUUUUUAGUUCAUCACCCAAUGACCCGGCUGUAGAAAAGAGCAGUUUUGAGGACAAACGCUGUAAAUGUGUGUGCCCCAACGUGGCUCCCAAUGGCACGAUCCUGGGUAAAAGUCGGACAUGGAUCAAGGAUGACCUGGACCCCACCAGCUGCGACUGCUAUCACGUGUUGGAGGAUCAUGCCAGUGGCGCUGUGUGUGCUUUGUGUGAAUGUCUAUAUGAGAGUAGGAACACCACUGCUAUUAAGGUAGUGGUGAUCUUCAUCAUCUGUGUAGUGUCCCUGCUCUUCAUCUACAUGUGUUUCCUGCUGUGUCUAGAUCCCCUGAUCACCAAACGGCCGAGAACCCAGUACCAGCAGCAGGUUAACGAGGAGGUGAAUUUGGAUACUUUAUCAGCUGAACCUCAGCGUCCGGCUUCAACUAGACAACGAGUGAAUGUUGGUCGACAACGAUCUGUCAUUAACCAGGUGACGGAUGUACAGAAACGAUGGAAAGAUACAGUACAGGAACAACGCAAACAGAUCUACGACCAUCACUCACUCCUAAACUAAAAGAUCUGCGACCAUCACUCACUCCUAAACUAAAAGAUCUACGACCAUCACUCAAUCCUAAACUAAAAUAUCUACGACCAUCACUCAAUCCUAAACUAUAAGAUCUACGACCAUCACUCACUCCUAAACUAAAAGACCUACAACCAUCACUCCUAAACUAAAAGAUCUCUGGUCAUCACUUACUCCUAAACUAAACAGAUUUACAGCCAUCACUCACUCCUAAACUAAACAGAUCUACGACCAUCACUCAAUCCUAUAUUAAAUUAACAGUCUCUCUUAAUCUAGCUACAUCCACUAAAUCGUGAGUAAUGUCAUUAAUGAUGAUUAAAAAAAAAUUCAGGGGAGAGGGUGUCAACGAGAUGAUUUUGUAAUGGAGAAACAUUAAUCAGGCUGGGCACAAUUUCGCUAAAGUGAGAUUGUUUAGCUGUAUCUCACAUUGACUUCUACAGCUAAAGUGAGAUUGUCUCAGAGUAUCUCACAUUGACUUCUACAGCUAAAGUGAGAUUGUCUCGGAGUAUCUUACAUCGACUUCUACAGCUAAAGUGAGAUUGUCUCGGAGUAUCUUACAUCAAUUUCUACAGCUAAAGUGAGAUUGUCUCGGAGUAUCUCACAUUGACUUCUACAGCUAAAGUGAGAUUGUCUCGGAGUAUCUCACAUUGACUUCUACAGCUAUAGUGAGAUUGUUUUGCUGUAUCUUGAACUGAGUUCUGCAGAGAAAGCAGUCCUUUCAUACAGUAAUUUAAUUAUCUAAUUAUGUUUGAAAAGUGUAACAGAUCGUGUGUAUCAGAUUCUGUAUGUAAUAGAAUUUUUGUAACAGAUGAUGUUCUUUUUGCAUGCAGUGGAGGAAGACAGUAUCGCAACAAGAUGCCCUUUAAGUAACACUCUCUUAACUAUGCAGGAAAGCAAGUGACCAAAAUCGUGUCUGUAGUGACGAAAUCUAAUAAAGGUUUUUGGGGGGAAUUGUGUCCCACCUUGACAGAAAGGUAGCUUUUGAUGAAAUGCUACAUCUAGAUCUAAAACUAUGGUCAUUUGGUCAAAUACAAGUUCACUGCUAAAAAAAAAAUCAAGAGACGACAGCAAUGAUUUCUUACACAGUCUCUUGACUGAUUCUUCAUCUAAUCAGAGUGGUGUUUGUCCUUAUUUCAUUCAAUAGGUAAUCCGUUCCUUUAGAUACAUUGUGGGGGAAAAAUACUGCAAUACAAUCAUGUAUAAUGAGCUGGAAAGCUUACCGAUUGGAUGUGGACUGUGAAAUGUGAUGACUGAAAGUGGAUCAGUGAGAAUGUUUACAUUGUCUGUAAUGAUUGAACAAAUAUGUCUAUAUUUAUUUCCAUUGUUCAUGUUGUUUAUUUACAGUUUUGAUAGUUGUACUAUCAGACUGAAAGAUUCUCUCUGUUUUUGUAUAAAAUAUUACCUCGGUUAUAGAUUUGGUAAAUGUACAUUUACUGUUCGUAAUAAAUUCCUUUCAUUGUUUCUAUGUAGUAGAUGUACAUCUAUGUGUUGAUAAUAAAUUCCCCUUACUGUU